AUGGAUGAGCAAUACCAGUAUUUUUCAACUCCAUUAACUGUCAACAUAAAUAAUUUUUAAAUUGAUCAAGUUGGUAUUUAUGGACUUUGGAGUAGAUACAUACCUCUAAGCACCAUAAAAUAAAUAGGAGCUUUCGGAAUUAUGGAUAGUCACUGCUACCAUUUGAAUUCUGCUGUUGAAUAAUAUUAAUAAAGAAUCAAUUUUUUAUACUUUGAUUGUGUAAAUGAAGAAACUUUGACAGUCACAAAAAAUUUAUAUUUUAUAGAUGAUUAGAAAUAAUAACACAAAUUUUAAAUUAAAAUAGAUCCUUUUAAAUAUGAAUAUUAUUGGUAUUAAUUUGUGGUUUCAUUUGCUCCUAAUUAAAAUAGGUUCAAAUUUUAUAUACUUUAAAAUGAAAAUAUUAUUGAGAUUAAUUCUCUUAAUAUUAAAUUUCCUUUUUACGAUGAAAAUCUUUUGCUUAUAUUUGGAGGUGAUUUAGAAAUAACAUAAACUUAAUAAAUUUAAAUUGAUAAUGUUUCUAAUCUUUCAUAUUAUCCAGGUUAAUUAAGCAUAUUAGCAUUUGGAUAAUCAUCAUUGACAGAAAAUGAUGAAUUAGAUUUCAUCAAGGUUUUUUUAGCAGACGAACGUAUUUGUGUUUGUAUAUAAGGUAAAAAUUAAAAUUUACCUGAUGUUGAUAUAAAAUGGUUAGAUCAAAAAUUAUUUGCUUCUACAAAUAUAAAUUGUGAUUCAUUUGCAUUUCAUGCAUGGAUUAAAAUUACAGAGUAUUAUACUGAAAAAGAAGAAUUUAUAUACUAAUUAUUUAAGCUGUCAAGUAAUUUCGAUAAUUCUAAAUUAUAAGAUUAAAAUUUAGCAAAUUUUUAAUUAUUCUACAAAAUUUCUAAAUUUAAUAAUCAAAUUAUUAUCACAACUUAUAAUUAUAGUUUUCCAUAUUUCAAUUUGGAUUUUACCAAAAAUUCAUUCCUCAUUUAGAAAAGUUUUGAAAUGGUAAAAAUAAAUCUAUGGCAUUUUUUAUCUGUAGUUUUAUUAGAAAAUCAAAUAAAAUUUAACAUUAUUCUAUAUGAUGGGAUAUCAAAAACAUAAUUUGAAUAAAUAUUUUAAGUUAAUCAGUUCCAUAUGGUUUAAUUGUAACUUUAAUAUGGAAAUAUUAUGCAACUUAGUUCUAAUUAUUUAAGUGUAAGUUUAAGAAGUAUGAAACUUAUGAAUUGUAUUUAUGAUGAAGAAUAUUAUCCCAAUUAAAUCUGUCAUUAUAGUUGUUUAGAAUGUGAAGGUCCUACUCGUACUGAUUGUUUGUCGUGUUCCAAGGAAUCUAAAAGAAUUUAUUUGACUAAAUAUAAAGCUUGUAUAUGUCCUUAUUAUAUGAUUGAUAAUUAAGGUUGCUAAGAUAAUGAAGAUUACUAAUUAUUAUUGUAUUAACAUGAAAAUUAAUAAUGUAAUUAUGGAUAUUUUAAUUACAAUCAAAAUUGUUAAAGAUGGUAAUCUAUUAAAAUCAUUUUUUAGUCCCUCUAUUAUAAAUGAAUAUCUUUUAACUUGCUUAGAAUGUUUAGAACAACCAUAAAAUUGGUCAAAUGAUCCUUAUUGUGAAACAAAUUUAUAUUUAGCUAGAGAUAGCAGUCCAGCAAAAAUUCUAAAAAAUUCAAACAGAUAAUAUUAUAUUCUUUACGAAAAUGAUUUAAAACCUUUAAAUUAUUUUAACAAUGAUUAAAUUAUUAAAACAGAAGAAAUAUAUAAAGAUUAUUUACUUACAAAUCAAUUUUUUGAACCUAAUUGCAAAAUUGUUCAAUAUUAUGUGAUUCCAAUAUGUUUAGCAUGUAAUUUAGAGUUUUGUAUUUAAUGUGGCUAUGAAUUAACAAGAGUAAUUUGUCUAAGAUGUUAUAGAUCAACAAUUUUAAAGAAGGGAUUUUGUAUCAAAUAAUAAACUGGCUUAUAAAUAUAUAAUAAAUGCUUAUCUCCUUUAUACAUUACAUCUCAAAAUGUUUGUAAAUUAUGUCAAAUAGAUAAUUGUAUUUAUUGUUUUGAGUAUCUAAGUAAUGAUUUAACCAAAAGUACUCUAUAUCAAGAAUUUGAAACAUUUCAAAUAGACGAAUAUCAUAGAGUAGGAUGUGCUUUAUGUAAAAAUGGUUUUAUUUUUGAUUUUUAAGAAGGUAAAUGUAUUUAUGAAAUACCAAACAUAAAAAAUUGUUUAAGAGCUUAUAAAAACUUAAAUGGAAUAUAAGUGUGCACUUUAUCAUUAAUUGAUGAUUUUUCUAUUGCACCAGAAAUAUAAAAUUGUAAUAAAUAUAUUUCUAAUUGCAAAUAAUGUGUUAAAACUCCUUAAAAUAUAAUAAAAUGUAUAAUUUGUGAGGAUGGUUAUUCCAACUCUAUUACUACAGGUCAUUGUAGUAUUUGUUCAGUUGAAAAUGUGAAAUUUUGUAUUGAAGGUGAUUCAAAAUAAUAAGAUUCUUGGAUUCAGUUGAUUUAGAGUUUUUUAAUAAAAUUUUUGCCAAAUAAAUAUUUUUAUACAUAAUCACCUUUAUCGAAAUCUCUAAUUCAAUAACCUAUGGCUUGUAUGGAUGGAUAUGAAGUUAAUUAAAUUUUAUGCAAAAAAGUUUGCAACAAUAAUUGUAUUUAGUGUUAAAAAGAGAUCAAUCCACAAAAUGGCUUUACUUGUUCUAAGUGCUAAUUAAAUUAUUAUAUGGAAAAUCUAAAGUCAUUAGAUUAAGAAAAUUGUUUACAAUGUCCAUAAUUAUGUUAAGUUUGUUAAUAAAGAAAAAUUGAAGAAAUAUAAGUAUUUUCUUUUUUAAUUUAUAGAUAAUUAAUCCACUCUUUGUUAUUGAAGAAAAUUCUUAAAUUUUUACUACUAAAUGUAUUAAAUCCAUUCCUUAUCCUAAUGUUGUUAUUGAUUAGCUAUCUUCAACAGCGAAAUAUUGUUUUGAGGAAAAUUGUAAUAAUUAUUUGAAAUAUGAGGUAUUUUUUUAAUUUAAUUAGGUUGAAAACUAAUGUCAUAUUAUAUUAAGUUUAUUCAAUACUACAUAACAUGAAUAAUUUUAAAACAGAUUUGAUUUUCAGUAUUUAAAUUAGAUAGGCUUGUAAAGUUUUUAACUAAUUUUACCUUAUUCAUUAAAUUGCAGUUAUUAUAACCAAUAAUUUAUAUCAAGAAUCCUCUAUAACAUUAUUAAAAUGAGAGUAUUCUCUCUUACAUAUGUAGAAUUGAUGCUUAAAGGAAAUAAUAAUCCUACAACUUAUUUUAGUAAUAUGACCACAUAUGAUUUUGAUUCAAUCUUUAUUUUUGAGGUUUCAUUUUAUGUGAAUUAACUCUUUUAAAUUUGCUUUUUAAAUUAAAACAAACCUGUUAAUUUUAGCCUUUAAAAUUCUUCUAUUAUAUCUUUAGAGAAUCAAGAAGUUUAGAUUUCAAUAAAAGCAGAUCCUUAUAGCUCAUUUAAAAUUAAUAAUUUAACAUUAUAAAAUUUGUAUGUAAGAAAUUCCUUUAUUUUUGAAAUUCAUUCAACAGAUUCAAUUUUAAUUGAUACUUUAAUUAUUCUAAAUAGUGUAUUUGAUAAUACAACAAUUUUUUAUUUUCGUAAUAAUCUCAAAAUUGAGAUAUUGAAUUUAUAGAUUUCUAUGUGUUAAUUUUAUUCCACCUCCAUUUUAAAUUUUACUUAAAAUUCUAAUUUCUUCAUUCAUACUUAAAUUACAGGAAUACAUAUUCAAAAUUCAUAUUUUUAUAAUUCCUAAAUUUUAACGAGUACUCCUUAUGUAGAUUUUCAGAUCAUACUAUCAGUGAUCACAAAUAGUUAGUUUGACUCUUCCUAAUUGUUAAUAUUUAGUAAUAAUGUGAAUAUUAUUGACAUUAUUAUUGAUCAAAAUGAAUUUUAAGAUUCAUAAUUCAUCACUUUGAUAUCAUACGUUUAAAAUAAAAGCUAAAUUAGAAUUUCUGAUAUGAAUAUCAUAUAGAAUUCUUUUAUUAAUUCUUAAAUUUUCUUUUCUUAAUAAUAAUAAUCCUCUAACUUAAUAUAUAUUUUGAUGACUAAUAUCAAACUUUUUGAGAAUUUUUAAAGUCAAUUAAUCCAUUCUAAAUAAUAUAUUUUCUCAAUUAACUGCUAUAUACUAUCUAUAAAUAAUGUUAUAAUUAAUAGUUCUAAAAAUAUCUAUUACUUCACAUUGUUAAAUAUUUAUUCAAUUGAUAUACAAAAUUUAGAAUAAUAUAACGUUUUUUAGUAAUAGAAAAUUAAAUUAUCUCAAAAAUGCUUAGAUGAAGUUUAUUUUAAUUCUCACUUAUUAAAUAUUUAAGGAUUUACUCGUUUAUCAAUACACAACAUUUCUGUAUAAGAUUAAUUUAACAGGGAUUUAUCAAUUAUUUCAAUAUAUUCUAGCUUUGGUAAUUAGAUUGAAGAAUAAGAAAUUAUUCAAAUUUAUGAUUUAUAAUUUAUUGGAAAUUCAAUAUAAAAAAUAAAAAUAGGAUAACUGUUAUCAUUAAUUACAAUUUUUUCUGAGAAAAAUUAAAAAAUUUAAUUAAAAAACAUUAAGUUUGAAGAGAAUGCUUUGCAUCAAUAUAUUGACGAUUCUUCUUAAAAUACUGCAAGUUUAAUUUUUAUUUAUUCCCAAUAAAGUUAUUUAACUAUUGAAAAUAUCUUUUGUAAAAACAACAUUUUAACAAACUCUUCUAAUGCAUUUAUUAAUUUCUUUUUGAAUUAAAUAUUCAUUUCAGAUUUAGUUGUUGAAAAUCACAAUUUAAUUGAAUAAAAUAUAUGGAGUAAAGUUUUCCUAAUUUAGUUAGGAUAAAAUUUAAAUCAACAUGAAUUAAAUCAAAUCAUUAAUAAAUUUUUGAGAAUUUAAAAUAAUGGAGGAGCAUUAUCCAUAAUUGCAUAAAAAUGUCAGAUAAUCAAUAGUUCUUUUAAAAAUUUACUUGCUUAUAAAAGUUUGGUAAUGAACUUAAAAACAUAAGGAGAAGGUAUUGUAAUUCUUAAAAAUUUGACAAUGAUGCAUAUUUACAACAUUAAUUUAAAUAGCACUGAAAAUGAUGGCAGUAUUACAAUCUUUUCUUAAUACAGUCUUUUAAAUUUUGAACUUUUUGAUAUUUAUUUUUUUGAUGUGCUCAAUAAUUUGGGAUCUUCAAUUAUUGCUAUAACACCAUCAUAAACAAUUAAUAAAAUUCUUAUUAAAAAUAUAACGAUUUAUAAUUGCUUUUCUCUAUUAAAUUUAUUCUUAAAAGCACACUUUUCAACUAAUUUUCACAAAAAUAAUUAAAUAUAAAUUAUUAAUUAAAAAAUAAAAUAAGAUAAAAUUUCAUUUAUUGAAUACCUUAAAAGGUUAGGCCCAUUAAACGGUUUAUUAACCUAAAAUAUACAAUAAGAUAAUUCAAUAAUAAAUUUAUAAGGUUGCAGAUUAUUAAUUAAUUAAUUUGUAAUUGAAGGCAUUGUUUUAUCUUCAAUUUUAAAAAUAGAAGAUUCUUAUGAAUUAAAGAUUAAAAAUAUUUAUAUUUAUGAAGUUUAAUUACUCUUCCAAAUAAAUUUAUUUCAUAUUAUUUAAAAGACUAUUAAAACUAUUUUCUCUUUUUAAAAUAUUCUUUUUUAGAGAAUUGGAAGUUUUAAUUUUUUUAAUAUUGAUUUAAAGUCUUAAUUUAUUAGUGUUGAAUUAUCAUAAUUGAAAUGCAAUUUUGAAAAUAAUUUAGUAACUUAUAUUGUUUAAGAGUAAGAAAGUGAUUUCAUUAUUUUUUAUGAAUAAGUAAUAAAAUUAUAAAAUGUAAAAAGUUUCAUGUUAUACUUUCAAGGUUAAUCAAAUAAAAAUCGCAUUGAAUUGUCUUAAAUUUCUAUACUAAAUAAUAAUUUGUCAAAUUUUUUAAGUGGUAUCAUAUACAUAAAUUUGAUUAACUAUUCAGAGAUAAAUAUUAGGGAUGUUUUAUGCUGUAAAAAUUUCGUUAAGUUAUAUGGAUGUAUUUUUAUUUAAUCUAUUCCACAAACUAACUCUAGUGUAAAAAUUCGAAAUUCUAAUUUUUUUUAAAAUAAUGGAGGUACUGGAACAGCAAUUCUUAUUGAAAAUACAAUAUUUUAGUUGUCAAAUGCUAAAAUCUUAAAUAAUACUGCAAAAUCUGAAGGUGGAGGAAUUUAUAUUUCAUAAGAAAAUCAUCAAAUCUUUCUUAAGCAAACUUUGAUAAUAAAUAAUAGAGCAAAUUAAGCAGGAGGAAUUUAUCUAAAUAACAUUAAUUAACCUAAUUUUACAAACUUUACCAAAUCUAUUAUAUAUUUUAAUUAUGCUUCUUUACCGCCUAAUAAUAUUCAAGAAUUACCCACUUUUUUGUAAUUGUACAUAAAUUUUUAAGGAAUGAAAUCAACUAAAAGUUUAAUUGACGGUUUCUCUAUCUAAAAUUUAUAAAUGCAUCCUUACAAAGUUACAGAAUAAGGAAAAAUAAUUUAAACAGAAUUAUUAAUGCUUCCAAGCAACCAAAUUAUAAAAGAUUUUCAAAUUUUUAAUAGCAAGUUUUAAUCUUUUCAAAAAUAUAUUGAAUCGAUCUAAAUUUUAUUUAAAAAUAGUAUGGAUGAAUAACUCAUUAAUUUUAUUAAUUC